GUGUCUGUGCUAGUCGACGGCUGUUAAGAGGGCGAGUGAAGCAGUCGAAGGAACUCAGUCGGUACCAGACGUUGGUGCUAGUUAGUCACGUGGAGCCGCUGCUGCCGCCCAAUUGUUCGUUGUUUGCCGAUCGUGCAGUUGUGGUGAUCGUUUCCUGUUAACUUUGAUCGACACUAGUGUUUUUGGAACUCGUUUCAAUUCAAUUGAACCUGCCAUUGAAUUAUUUCCCCCUUCAAUUCGGCUGUUGGCACGAAGACAUCAGCAACAACUUGCAGGACUCGCAGUCACGCUCGGCCUACCGUGUCUGCCUUUUUUUCUUCCUCGUCUGGUGGGGGGCUGCAACCGAUCCCGACCGUAGUUUAUCAUCAGAGGAACUAUAGUUAUCAACACUCUGUUUCCCACAGUGACGAUACUUGGUUGAGAAGAAGGCGGCCGCUUCUUGACGGAGAGGCCAGCUCCAGAAACGAUGGCGACCACCUGCAAGAGUUACGUUUCCUAUCCAGCAUCGGCCACGGGCACGUCGCCUCCCAGUUCGAGGCUACCGCCGGACGGACACGAGUUUCCCGGCGAUUACAUCGACGAUACGAGCACAACGGCCGCCACGCAGAGCGGCAAACUGACAGCGUCGGUGGCGCGCGGACGCAGCGGCAGCGCCGGCGGGACGGGCACCGGUUGGCGGACCCACACUGGCGGAAGGGACGAGCGCAGUGAACGCAGUGUCAAGGACAAAAUUGCUUUGUUUACGAACGACGUCCAACCAUCAACUGUUGCAUCGACGUUAUCCCCUACGGUCCGAAAUCAGCCGGUCGUUGCGGGUAAGACCAAACAUCCGACGUUGUCGUGUUCGGUUGACAACCUGAGCGUUGGCCGGUCGCCGAUGGUGUCGCCCGUCACGCGGUUGGAUUCGAGGACGCCGCCUCGUCAUCCGCUGGCCGUCGCGCCCACCGUGAAAGCUCAAAACGCCGUCAGUGACGUCGAGAGUCCGACGAACGUUAAUUUGAGCGAACGUUCGCGCAGUUUGCUGGACGUGGCUCAUUAUUCAACGCCCAACCAGGUCGGACAUCAACGUCACACCGUCAGUCCGUCCGUUUUAAGUGAGCACCAACAGCAAAGGAAAUCUUCUCUGGUGGGCUCGGAUGAUGGCCGGAAAAAAACGACCCUUUCCAGCACUAAACUGCGAGGUUUGGUCAUUCCGGAUGUCGUCGAUGGAACUCAAUUAGGAAGCGAUCCGCCCAGCCGGGCCGUUAUCGAUCUUCCGGAAAUUAUUAGCAAAGAUUCCGUCAUGGUUGUCGGACUUUCACCAUUCGCUCCCCUUCGCAGCCCAAACGGUACACACGCCGGCGGCCAGGACACGACGGACAGUAGCGGGACAGUCCAGCCGAACAAACAGAAGACGACGUCGCUCAGCUCUUUGCCGUGGAAGAGCAAUUCGCCCAGCUUACCUAAAUAUUCGCCGGCCUUCAAGCGCAAAGAGCUGACCGUCCUGCGCACUCCGUACAACAACUCCGACACGACGGCCGUCUCGCCCGUCAACAAACCGGCCCUCAUGACGAGCUUCUCUUGUCCGUCGGACGUCGACGGACCGCAGAGUCCACUGGUGGAGAGCGAAAGUACCGUCAACGACAACAGCGAUACCGACGGCGACUCGGCCGUCAGUUCCAGUCGUUCCUCAUUCAGUCCGUCCGGAUCGCCUGUUCCCGAUAGGAAUCGAUCGAAUCAAAUGGCCGACGAGGAGACAACGACGGCCUUGGCGGCGGCAGCCAGUCGAGUCCUCAAAGCGCAGAGCGUCGAAGCUCUCAAUCGCAAAAACGUGCUCCAAUCCGCCCGGUACAGUUCCGGCGGAGGUAACCUCUUAGAUCUGACACCUCCAUCACCACCGAGCGUUGCGCCUCCGGCACUGCCGUCACCAGUAACAACAGUCCCAGAUAUCAAGCUGACGGUGGACGUCAAUCAACAGUCUCCCACGCCAUCGCCGGCCAGCCCGGCCGCGCGUCCUCCUGUCCAGCGCACGGCCAAAUUAUCUGGAGAGAAUUUCGAGCAGACGUUGCGCAAAUUCACGUCAGCCGAGGCGAGCAGCCGGAUUGAGCGCAGCGCCCCUCGAUUGCGUUUGUCUUCGUCCGAGAGGCUGGAAAUGAAGACGGCCUUAAUCACGGACAUUUGCAGCGACCCCAGCAGCCCCGUCGCGCAGAAAAGUGGGACGUUGCAUCGCGACAAUUGCUCUCCAUCAUCCGCCAAGAAACUGACGACUCCAUCGUCUGUUGGAUUAGAUCAUCAAACGACUGGACCGGCAAGCGCGUCCAAGGAGAUCAAGAGCUUUCGGGCGUUGGCGGAACGUUGGGAGGCCAUUGCCAACGAAUCUCCAUCAUCUACCGGAUCUUCCCCGCCCGGCCCCAACAUCAGUUCCAGUUCGAAGAAAAUGAUUGAUUUGAAUCCUGUUAUUCAGCCAUCGGUUCGGGACGUGCCUUCGUCGACCGACAAUCGUGACGCGACUCGAUCCGUUACGCCCGCAACGCCGUCCAGCCGAACGGCUUCGUCAUCUGAAUCGCGUGAGCACAAAGCGACCACGUCGGCCCGACCCGUGACGGGCCGCAGCGUCUCGGCAGGAGUGGUCGAGAUCCGCAAAGCCUUCGAGCGCGUCAAGGAGGAACUGAUGGAAACGGAAUCGAAUUGCCAUUACGGUGGAGGCCAGGAGUUGGGGGUAGUGGGUCUCGUUCAAGGCGGAAACAGCCUGGAGGAUUACAAACAGAACAAUCAUUUCUCGCUUCAAUCGGGCAAUAAUAAUUCGCCCUCGCCUUCGUCUGGACAUCAUCAUUAUCAUCACCAGCACAUGCGGAUGUCUUCGCUGGAUUCGACAACGAGCGAAGACGGCAGCCUCCCGUUCGGAUUGUACGGCAGUUGUUACGGUGGAUUCGGCUCGGCGUUCGGCGGCGGUGGCGGCGGCUUCGGCGGGGGAGGCUACGGCGGCUAUUACGGCGGCCCUUUCGGCAUCGGAGUCCGCGACAAUUACGGCAGCAUCACGUCGCUGGCCUCGUCCACCUCACUCAUCUCUCCGCAGGAGCUGCAACAGCUGUUGGACGAAGCCAACCAGAGCCUCGAAGAGUCUGGUACACCAUCGCACGAGAUCGUCGUCGUCGUCCUGCAUCGCGGCGACGUGGCCUCGUCGCUCAGCCCGGGACUGGGCAUCACGCUGGCCGGCGGUGCCGACUACGAGACCAAAGAGAUCACGAUUCAUAAGGUGAUCGGCGGGAGUGUGGCCGACCGGGAUGGACGCAUCCAGAAAGGCGAUCGGGUCCUCUCCAUUAACGGCAAGGGCCUCAAAGGCGUCACACACCGGGAGGCGCUAGCUAUCCUCAAGGCUCCCAGGCCGGAAGUGGUGUUGGUCUUGUCUCGGAACCGUUCCGUCUCGCCGCAGGAUAUCUGUCACGACGUCGAUAAGGAUCUUCCACCUGUCAUGAUCCCCGCCCUCAACACAGGACUGUUGGCUAAUCCACGUCACCUUACCCUUUCCUCCGGAACCAAUGGCAAUGGAAUCAGCAGACCGCCUCGCAUUCUAGAAAGCCCUUCCGAUUUUACCAGCUACGAUCAUGCAUCCAACGAUGAUGAUCUCGGACGUGGCCCACCUGUACAAACGACGCUGGUUAAAGACGGCGCCGGACUCGGUUUCAGUCUGGAGGGCGGCAAGGACUCUCCACUAGGCGACCGGCCGUUGACUAUCAAAAAGAUAUUCACCGGAGGAGCGGCCAGCAAAAACAGCACUCUUCGCGUUGGCGAUCAGAUCAUUUCAGUCAACGGUUGUGAUGUGACUUCCAUGUCGAGAAUAGAGGCCUGGAAUUUGAUGAAGAAGCUGCCCGACGGCGCCGUCUCCCUCAUCAUACGUCAACAGAUUACAUCCUCGUAAAAGAAUGAAGGACACACACACAUACACACACACACAGACACGAAAAUGAAGAAAGAAGAAAGGAAUACAUAUAAUUAAAAAAGAAAAACUAAAGAGAAAAUAGAAAA